UCUGAGGGUUCUCCAGGGCUUGAGUCUGGAGGCCUCGCCCUUCAGUCCUACUUGCCACUUGAUACUCCUUAUGGCAAUAACUUUCCAUGGCCCGGUGUUGGAAAGGCGUAUGACAUACCUGAAUCCCACACGUCUUCGACGCUUGAGCUUGCCAAAUUGUGGCUUCAUGAAUGCACCUCGGGGAUCGAUGUGGGAUCCUCGUGUGCAGACGCCUACUUAUAUUUGCCAAGUCCGGGGGAGAGAGGGCGUUACGUUGCCCUGAGUCACUGCUGGGGCGGCGUAUCACCAUUGGUAACCACUCUCUCUUGCUUUGACAACUUUCACAUCGCAUUUCCGCAGCCAAUCCCCCAAACAUUCGCCGAUGCCAUGGAUGUCACGAGAAGACUGGGCUACAAAUAUCUUUGGGUUGACUCAUUCUGCAUCAUUCAAGAUUGUGCAACCGACUGGGGAAAGCACGUCACUCGGAUGAACUACAUUUACUCCCAGGCCCAUUUCACGAUCAGUGCCGAUGCUUGGCUGGCUUUCCUCUACCCUCAAAAUAAGAGACGGGAGACUAUCGCCAUCCAAUGCAAAACGUUUACCAUAAAUCCUCUGAGAGAAGAGCGAACGCACAUUGUUCACGUCCGUCAGAGAGGACCCUUGGCAUACCAGCUCCCGUAUCAUGACUUCUUUCCGGGCUAUCCAUGGAAGAGGAAUUCGUCAGCUUCUGUUCUUAACAGUUUGCCUGCCGACAGCCCACAGGUGUGGAAUCCCAACUUUCGCACAAUGCGCAGCAAGCUUUCCACAAAAGCAUGGGCAUUCCAAGAGAGGCUUCUUUCUCCUCGAACUCUCCACUUUGCUCCGUCAGAGAUGGCCUGGGAGUGCCGCUCUAUUUGCAGCUGUGAGUGCUCUGCAACGAAUGAACCGAGGACUAUUCUUGCGCGCAGUCUUCUGAAAGGAUCCAAGGCUCUUGCUCUCGCUCCUGUCGAUAAAAAUGACCCUCACUCUACUUAUAAUAUCGAGGCAGCUUGGCGUAGAGAUAUUGUACAAGAGUUCACGAGGCUGCAUUUGACAAGGCCAAAUGACAGGCUGCCUGCCUUAGCUGGGUUGGCUGCGCGAGCAGCGAAAUCGAGACCUGGAGACCAGUAUAUGGCUGAAGUCUGGCGCAAAAGUCCCGCCGCUGGUUUGCUGUGGCACACGUCCGGUGAACGUGCAAGUCAGCGUAUAGCAAGGGACAAUAUGCCGACCUGGUCCUGGGCAUCGGUAAUUGGAGAAGCACAUUAUCCUCUGCAGAGGUACAGCCUGGCGUGGUACAACAGACGAGACCCUGAACCACGUACUCUCCCAUUGAUGAGAGUUCUGAGAACUCAGUAUACCGCAAACCCCAAGUCCGUCUUUGCCUCGGGCCCCAGGUUGCCAGCCUCGAUUACACUGUGGGGAUAUCUUCUCAAAGUGAAAGGUUUCCGAAGAUUGAGUAGUUACCAGUAUGAGGUUCAGUGGCCUGCCGGGGUAAACCUGCACCCGAACACGGUUGUAGCUGCCGAUGUCCACUGUAGUAACUCAACAAAUGAGGAUGAUAAUAUUUCGGAGGCACUUUCGAAGCAAAGGGACUUGUUCGUU